AUGCGACUCAUCACCGAAGCACAUAUGGACAACGUUCAAGCGUUAAACGUUGAACGAGUAGAAUCUGAAAUCCUGACGUCAGAAUUCGAUUACUCUGAAUGGCUGAAUAAUGCCAGCGUUUCAAGCCACGGAUAUUUUCGAAAGACGAGCCUUCUGUUCUACUUUAUCGCAUUGUCGACCUGUAAUGCUCUACAGCUUCUUCUAUCAAUUUUCGUCAUCGUCCUACCGGCAAUGGAACAGUUUAUCGGUUUGGAGUUUCCACGAAAGGCAGAAAAUUUGCAUAGAAUGAACGCUAUCACAGUGCGACUCGGUUAUCCAUUAAUGCUGGCAGCAAAUUAUGCAGCAAUCUGGCUCCUCACAUUGAUUUGUGCCCAAAGAUUCCAGGUAUUAGUCGAUCCCUAUCACUUUAAUUAUCGUUGCGAUUUGUCAUCCAUCGAAUCCGUGGAAAUUGCGAUUGACUUGUAUCCGAAGAAUGACGAUCUGUUGUACAAAGUCAUCCAGGAAGGAAUCGUAUACGGAUUAAUUGUAUACGGUCUUCCAAUUUGUCUACUCCUAUGGUUAAAUUUGAACAUCAUACGUUUAAUACGUGGCGAACAGCUUCAUGUACAGGCCUCACGACGACCAGCCGAGUAUCGAACGGCAUUGAUGACGGUUUGUGUGUUUGUGUUCUUCUUCCUUUGCACCACACUUUCUGCAUCAAUCAGGCUGUUUAUGAUAUCAGCAGGAGGGCUGGUGGAUGCACAAGAAUUGGUUUGGCUUGUCGACUUAUCAAAUCUUCUUAUGAAUAUUAACGCUUUAGUCACUCCGAUCAUCUGCUUCAUAUGUACUAGAGGAUUCAAAGACCUUUUCUUCGUGAUACGAUUCGCGCCACCGAAAGGUUCAAUCGAUGAAAAAGAUUUCAAUCGACAUUUUACACCCAUGCUUUCUCCGGAAGGUGGAGCAACCUUGAAAUGUUCUCUGUUUGCGCUUUAA